AUGUUGGGGUCCACUUUGUUUGUGGACAAGAGUAGAGACAGGGUUCGGCCGGUGGUGAACCUAUUUUUGGACGAGUUGGAGGAGAUAGAUCAGUACAGUUGGGCGUCCGGUACACUUGCUUGGUUGUACAGAUGCCUUGGUCACGCGUCUCGUGCUGGUGCCAGGGGGGUGGCUGGUUGUCUCAUACUUCUGCAGUGUUGGAUCUACGAGUACUUUCCGGGUUUCGGGCCAUCUCACUUUGAGCCACCUGUCGUUGGACCUGAUGAGGCUUGGGCUUCACGAUGGAUUGGGCAGCCGACGACUGGUUCUGUGGCUGAUCCCAGUGUGAGGUUGGCGUUCUACCGUCGAGCUCUUGACAGCUUGACCCCUUCUGAUGUGUUUUGGACACUUUUCCAUCAGAGGCCUCAUCAGGUAGUGCGUCGCUCUUUGUACACUGGAGUGAUUCGGUUCGCUGAUAUAGGCGAGUUCUAUGAUCCAGCCCGUUGCCUCCGACAGUUUGGAUACCGACAGGGCAUCUCUUGCUUGCUCACUACUUCAGGACCUCUUUCUUCCACCUCAACAGUAAGACGCCUAAAGUGUUCUCGUUGA